GAGCGACAGGUCUGGGGCCCUCAGGCGGAGCGGCGGGCGCCGGACCCCCAGAUGGAGCGACAGGUCUCGGGCCUCAGGCGGAGCGGCGGGCGCCGGACCCCCAGGUGGAGCGACAGGUCUCGGGCCCUCAGGAGGAGCGGGCGGGGCGCCGGGCCCCAGGUGGAGCGACAGGUCUCGGGCCCUCAGGAGGAGCGGCGGGCGCCGGGCCCCCAGGCGGCGGAUAGCGGCGGGCGCCGGACCCCCAGGCGGAGCGAACAGGUCUCGGGCCCUCAGGCGGAGCGGCGGGCGCCGGACCCCAGG